CGCUCACAUGCUGUCGUCAACCGUGAUGGCGUUGCGCGCAGGAGCUCAGCGUUUGAACCUGCUGGUCAACAGCAGCGAGCGUUUCUACAAAUUCACCUCAUAUGUCGGUGUCCGGUCGCUGUCUGAAAAUGUGUCAUCUAAACCCGUAACGGGCAGUGCCCCAGACACUGCGGGUGACCAUUUAAUCUACACUCAAGAGCACUUUGCAUUAAAGGAGUCACUCAGAAAGAUCAUCGACCAGGAGAUCAACCCCCAUGUAGAUCAGUGGGAAGCAGAAGGCAAGUUUCCAGCCCAUAAAGUCUUCAAAAUCUUGGGAAAUGCUGGCUUUCUUGGAGUCAACAAACCAGUUGAUUAUGGAGGCUUGGGACUGGACUACAGCUACAGUGUGGCAGUGGCAGAGGAGCUAGGCCACAUCCGUUGUGGAGGCAUCCCCAUGGCCAUCGGUGUCCAGACUGACAUGACAACUCCUGCACUGGCCAAGUUUGGUUCAGCUGAGCUAAAGAAAGAGUUCCUCCUUCCCUCCAUCAUGGGGGACAAAGUGGCUUGCCUCGGAGUUAGUGAAGUUGGAGCUGGCUCCGAUGUCUCAAGUAUUACGACCAAGGCAGUGAGGAAAGGGGAUGAGUAUGUGAUCAAUGGGGGAAAGAUGUGGACCACAAAUGGUACACAGGCUGACUGGAUGUGUCUCUUGGCCAACACCAGUGACGGACCCCCACACAGGAACAAAUCUCUCAUCUGUUUGCCCAUGAACCUGCCAGGAGUGCACAUUGCACGCAAGAUUGAUAAACUGGGUAUGUGGUCAUCAGACACAGCUGAAGUGUUUUUUGAUGAUGUCCACGUGCCAUGCAAGAACGUCAUCGGCCAGGAAGGCAUGGGCUUCACCUACCAGAUGCUUCAGUUCCAGGAAGAGAGGCUCUGGGCAGUGGCCAAUAUCUUGACAACAAUGGACAUCAUCAUUCAGGAAACCAUCCAGUACACAAGACAGAGGAAGAUCUUCAAGCAGCCUGUCCUCUACCACCAGGCGGUCCACUUCAGGCUGGCUGAGCUGCAGACGGAGGUCGAGCUGCUCCGCUCCCUCCUCCACCGAGCUACGGCAUUGUACAUUAAAGGCAAUGAUGUCACCAAGCUGGCAUCCAUGGCCAAAUUGAAGGGCGGCCGUCUGGCCAGAGAGCUGAGUGACAGCUGUCUUCAGUACUGGGGAGGGAUGGGUUUCACCAAUGAUGUGCUGGUUAGCAGAUUUUACAGGGAUUCACGGUUAAUGUCGAUCGGUGCAGGAGCUGAUGAGGUCAUGCUGGGAAUCAUCUGCAAGUACAUGGACACACUACCCAAGAAGUGAUGUCAUCAACAGCUGACCAUUUAUGUUGUUAAAAAACUGAUUACACCUAAGUGCAGUUCUAAUGUUUCAACUCUGACAUAUGCAUUUUGCCUUUGUUUUAACAGUGCUGUAUGUGGUCACUCACAAAGAAUAAUGAAGCUUGUUAUGUAAUUUAUUAAGUAUCGAUUAUCCUUUGAAGACUAAAGCUAUUUUACUAAGUAGACUAAGCUAAAUCAUGUGUAUGAAAAUGACUGUUGCGUAAAAUAAAUAUCCAGCAAAGA